AUGGCGCUGCCGUGCCACUGGUUAUCUGAUGUAGAGGCGCUGGGGACUGGAGCUCGUUCCCUGAAAAGCUCCCCCCGUCGAGGUCGGCUUCUGCGCGGUGACGUGACUGCUCGAAGCUCCCCUCAACGAGCUUGGGUCGAAUUUUCUGACGUAGCUAUGGCGAGCCUCAAAAGCCUUUACAGCGACAAAGACACUGCGGGUUUAGACUCGAAUUUUGGUGUCGACUAUGUGAUUAACUACAAGAUUCCUCAAGAAGACAGGGCCGAUGCCGAAGCUGUUUUCAUUCAGCUCAUCGAAGCCUUGACCAGUGUUGGUUUGACCACCGAGGUUCGAAGGGGAGACAAAAGUUCUCUCCUCGUCUUUGUCAAGAUCGCCUCCGACAAAUUCCUUGCCGACCAGGUCUACCGAUCCCGACUGCAAGACUGGCUGCAGGGCGCUCGUACUGCCAGUCCGGAUUCCGAUCUCUCCCAGGCCCUCCGUGACGAGCCUGUCUCCGAUGCCGAGCGUCUGCGGCUGGUAUAUCUUCUCAUAGUGAAGCCCAAGAACGAGGGCGGUGCAGGCAUCACUCCCCGAUCCGGCCGCUGGAAGCACGUGGAUUGCGUCUUUCCCCUCCACAACCACACCUUCAAUAAGCAAUGGAUCAAGAAGAUGAGCACCAAGGGCCAGACAGAUGAGGCUGACCUGGACGAGAUUCGCGACAAGUUUGGCGAGAAUGUCGCCUUCUACUUCGCCUUCAUGCAGUCUUACUUCAAGUUCCUCGUAUUCCCUGCCGCUGCCGGUUUUGGCGCUUGGAUGUUCCUCGGCCAGUUUUCCUGGCUCUACGCCCUGGUCAGCAGCCUCUGGUCUGUUGUGUUCUUCGAGUACUGGAAGAAAAAGGAGGUUGAUCUUGCAGUGGAGUGGGGCGUCCGCGGUGUUUCCAACAUCCAACACCCCCGGCCGCAGUUUGAGUAUGAGAGCCAGGUCGAGGACCCCAUUACUGGGGAGCCUGUCAAGGUUUACUCGCCCAUAAAGCGCCUGCAGACGCAGCUACUGCAGAUCCCAUUUGCUGCGGCCUGUAUCGUGGUGCUUGGAACCCUCAUUGUGACGUGCAACUCCCUGGAGAUUUUCAUCAACGAGGUCUACAACGGGCCCUUCCAGGCGUAUCUUGGGUUCCUCCCAACGAUCAUACUGGUUAUUCUUACUCCUACAUUAUCUACUGUGCUUACAAAGUUCGCCAACCGCCUGACGGAAAUGGAGAACUAUGAGACGAUUGACGCACACCAUGCUGCCUUGGUCCAAAAGGAGUUUGUCCUCAACUUCCUCACCUCAUACAUGGCAUUGUUCUUCACAAGUUUCGUCUACUUGCCAUUCGGAGACCGUCUCACCCCCUACCUCGACUUUUGGCGCGCUACCGCACAGAAGCUCACCCCCAAGGAUGUCAACUUCCAGACUCAGGAAUUUGUCGUCAACCCUGACCGUAUUAGCAAGCAGAUGUUCUACUUCACUGUGACCGCGCAGGUCGUUAACUUCGCCACUGAGGUCAUUGUGCCCUACGUCAAGCGUCAAGUGUUCCAGGAGGUUCGCGAUGUACAAUCAAAGAUAGCGAGGGAGGAAGAUGCUGCUAAGAUCAAGGAUCAUGAGGAGGAAGCCGCCUUCUUGGAGCGGGUGAGGAACGAAGUCGAGCUCGAGACGUACGAUGUGACAGGCGACUACCGCGAGAUGGUCAUCCAGUUUGGAUACCUUUCUCUGUUCUCCGUCGCGUGGCCCUUGACGGCUUGUUGCUUCCUGGUCAACAACUGGAUUGAGAUGAGAUCUGAUGCUGUCAAGAUCGCCAUCAGCAGCAGGCGACCUAUCCCCUGGCGAGCUGACUCUAUCGGCCCUUGGCUUAAUGCUCUUGGAUUUCUGUCCUGGCUCGGCAGCAUCACCAGCGCCUCGGUCGUCUUCCUCUGCAGUUCCACCGGUACCGGACCCCGUGGAACCCCCUCUGAUAUCAAGGGCUGGGGUUUGCUGCUCAGCAUCCUCCUUGCAGAGCACCUGUACUUUGCGGUACAAUUUGUUGUUCGUCUGGCUUUUAAGAAACUGGACAGCCCCGGACUGCAGAAAGAGAGAAAGGAAAGAUUCUUGAUGAAGAAGAGGCUUCUAGAACAGACUCUCGGCCAGGCUGUAUCGGACCAGGCUGCCACUCCCGGCAUCGAGAAGACUGAGGAAAUCACUCUCCAGGCUUUGGAGGAGGAGGCUCGUAGGAUCUCAACCCAAGGUCAUGGAAGCCCUGAGGAAGCGUUCUGGCGUCGGCAGAGAGGCAUGGCCGAGACUAUUCAGAUCGGCCGUAGUCUGAUUGCGCAGACAGAGCACGUCAGGAAACACAACAAAGGCAUGAAGCGGCCACUAGACGAGACAAGAAUACGCGAGAGCACCAGACGGAGAAAGCCUCGUUCUGCUAAAUCACAAUACCUGCCAAGCCAAACCGAGGCGACCGACCGACCGUCAACUGCAGCCAUGGAUGAGGUGGCUGACUUGGUAACGGAUCCUUUCAGGGAGAUUAUUGAGAAGGGAAACAUUGCGGCCGAGAAUGCGGGUGACAACAAAGAGAUGCGCUCUGAGAGCCAGAGGUUGGUCCGGGGCGCCGAGCGUUGCCUUAAGAUUAUCGAACCACUGUGCGCGCGUCACCUGAAGGAGUCGGAGGCCAGCUUCAUCAACACUCUGAAGGACGACAACGAGAUCGCCUCGUACAGGUUGCAGCUGAACGACAUGCUGUGGGACUUCGAUGAAUUCACGGAAGCGGACACUUUUGAUAAGGAGAAGUACACCGAGUUAUGGGAGCUGUGUAAAAAAUCCGGCGUAAGGAUCGGAGAGAUAUUGAAAAGAAUGAAGUUGGAAGCGGCGCCUGUAAUUCCGAUUAUCGCGACAUCCCCGCCCGCUGCGACUGGAAGCCAGAAUCAUCCCCCGGUUGUUGUGGUAGAUCCUGGAACACAAUCCCAAGAGAAGCCUCCGGUGGUCGAGCCCGAACCCAAGAUCGAAGUGGUAGAACUGGAGCCCCCGCCCCCGCCGCCGAUGAACCCGUGGGAUCUUAACACAAGUGUCAUUAUCGAAGCAGGAACGGAGGUAACACUAGGCGAAAACAUAGAGCGUCGUCCACCUGUGUCUACCAUGAGUUCUCCGACUUCAGAACCGAACAGCCCUUUGUAUGAGAGAAGGCUAUCGCAAAGUUCUAACCGCCGCUUGGACACUAGUGUCGAUCGUAUGCUGACUGAAGAGGAGCGAUAUCAUAUGAGCCCGCAGGAUUUUCGGCCCUCGAUGUCGCCGCUGGGUGGUGGCGGCCCUGUCUUGCCGCGAGGACGGACAUCAUCGACAACUUUGAGUGCUCCCAUCCCUGAGGAUCAGGCGGUUCACCCAAGCCACGUCUCCGCGCCUCAUCGGUACUCGCAGGCCAGCUCUGUCCACUCACACCCCUCAAGGCAACGGUCGCAAGAGUCGUUGCACAGCUCCAUCUUUGAUGGAAGGAAGAAUGACGGUACCGCCAGUCCUAUCAUGAUAGAGCACCGCGGUUCAACCGCGUCUGGCUAUGAUCCAAUGAGUCCGACGUCUCGCGGGCCAAUUAUACCUGCAAAUUUCCCGCCAGGCGUCCAUGAAGGUAUUGAAAGGGUUCCGUUGGCCGUCAACGACAGCGAGGGGCCUAUACCGGUCGAGUCUGAGGCUUCGCAGAGCACCGCGAGAACCCCAUCGACGCCCCCAACACGGCCAAAAGACUGCAGCAUCGGGUUGAGCAGCUCCUUCUACCUGUAUAAGGGGUUCUGCGAUGGUGCGAAAGAAGUGGUCCGUGGAGGCACUGGUAUCAAGAAGAUAAAAAAACCGGGGUUUUCGGGGGCGCACGUAGUCGCUAAGUGCGAGAGCUGCUUUUAUGAGCUUGAUUUCCAACAAAUAGAGCAGGACAUAAACUAUUCUGAGGAAGCAAACUACACGCUAAACAAGAUUGGCUUCCGCCUCCGUUUCCUACAAAAGAGUCAUAUUGCCACGAAACGCGCAGACGAGGUUCUUUACGGCUGCGUCUUCUGUGUUCAUUCCCAACAUACCCUCGAGGAAUGCGAUGCAACGGUCUUCUUCAGCCAGAGGAAGCUCUUUGAGCAUCUCAUGCGACACCCGCGCCCCCUUCCGCAAGUCCCAGGUAUAACCGUAGUGGAAGAAGCGGAGGUUCCCUUCAACCUCAGAAACAACUAUGAUCUUCACUUUCGCGCCCCCCCAAAACCGUCGCCACUGGAAGGCAAACAUCUAGAGAUUGCGCAGCUGCCGCACGCGACGGCGACGCAGACUGUGAAGCGAAUGUACGGUAUGCGGUUGCUAUACGACCAGACACCCGGCUUUGAGCUUGCCAACGGUGCGAGACUCAGUGGCAUCGAGUUCCCGACCAAGUACAAUGGGGAAUGGGUCAUGGGAUGGCAUGAGGGACACUACGCCUCCGUACCGGCAGACGUGUUGAAGCUCGAGCCGCCACCCAGGGCCGAGAUUCGAAUGAACACGACGAGCAACAUCUCUGCUGUGGCUAGAUGGAGGUUCGCGCCCAAAUCGAAGGACGGAGGCGAUUGGCUCAAGUUUGACCAGGGUGAGAGGAUCACCAAUAUUAGCUGUGAGUUUACUCCCCUUUCCACUCUUCCUAUGAGAGAAGAAGAAGCUAACGUUGAGAUAGGGGCGUGGCAGGAUCACUGGUGCUGGUCAGGUACUAAUGCCAAGGGUACGUGGGGGAUCUUCCCGCAAACGCACCUUGACAGCAACACCAUUCGGGAGAGCUCAGAUCGGUCGAGCGUUUCAAGUAACGAGAAGAAGUGGUCUGAUGGGCUCUUGGGAAGACUGACGACCCGAAAGAACUCACAGAGACCGUCGAGUGUUGCGGAGGUAAUGGUAUCGUCGGGGCCGCGGCCUUCUGUAUUUUAG